AUGAUUCAAGUUGAUCGUCCACCUUCUGUGCUUGCUCGGCAUGCCGAGGAGCAGGGCAAUGGGAGCAACGGAAACGGUGUCUACAACAUGGAUAACAGACAAGACGGCAGGCCCACCAGCAACGGUUCAAUAGCUCUGAACACCGAGAUGAGACAUGGGUUCGAGGAUGAGUAUACGUCACAGAAAUACAUGGACAUGCUUGCAAAUACGUUUUACAGCCAUUAUGAUAUGAAGAGACAUACUACCUCUGGAAACCCAACAACCGAUGAGGAGAAGCGAGCCAAUUACAAAUACUACCAGCCGAUGACGGAUUGGAAAAUCAUGAAGGAUCGUCAGAAAACUACAAGUGCGGCAUUGGUCUUGUGUUUGAACAUUGGAGUCCCUCCACCGGAUGUGGUGAGAACAGACCCAUGCUGUAAGACGGAAACGUGGGUCGAUCCAACGGCCUUUCCAGAUACUAAGAAAGCGAUGGAAAAAAUCGGAAAAAAUCUGCAGAGUCAAUACGAGACACUGUCACAGAGAACGAGAUACAAGCAGUCGCUAGAUCCUUCUGUGGAGGACGUCAAACGGUUUUGCAACACUCUGAGACGAAAUGCCAAAGACGAGAGAAUUCUGUUCCACUACAAUGGCCAUGGUGUUCCGCAGCCUACACAAUCGGGUGAGAUAUGGGUCUUUAACAGAGGUUACACUCAGUAUAUUCCCAUUUCUCUCUAUGAUUUGCAAACGUGGCUGGGAGCCCCGUGUGUGUAUGUGUUUGAUUGUGCCGCAGCAGGCAACAUCAUAGAAAACUUCAAAAGGUUUGUCCAAAAAAGGAUUGAUGACGAUUCCAAUGGAAGACAUGAUAUCAGUGCCCCAUCUCCAACAGCUUCCUACAUAGAGAGUAUUCAGCUUGGAGCUUGUCGUUCCAAUGAGACUCUGCCUUUGAAUCCUGAUUUGCCGGCAGAUUUGUUCACCUGCUGUUUGACAUGUCCCAUCGAGAUUAGUGUCAAAUGGUUUAUCCUUAUGUCUCCUCUCAACAAGCACCACUACUAUGAUAUUCUCAAAAACAAAGAGGGAACCAUUGAUAUCCCAGGAAAACUCACCGAUAGGAGGACUCCCUUGGGUGAGCUCAAUUGGAUUUUCACAGCUAUUACCGACACAAUCGCAUGGACAUCACUUUCAAGACCUCUUUUCAAAAAGUUAUUUAGACAGGAUCUUAUGGUUGCUGCUCUAUUCAGAAACUUCCUUCUUGCAAAGAGGAUCAUGCCUGUGGUUGGUUGCAAUCCCAUCUCGGAUCCUCCUCUUCCUGAUAUCAACAACCACUCGAUGUGGGAGUCUUGGGAUCUGGCCAUUGACCAGGUUCUUUCGCAGUUGAUCAAAAACAAAAAGACAGAGACAAUUUCGGUUCUCCCAGAUUCGGAUAUCCCGCAGUUUCAAGUUCCUUCUUCUACAAACCUGCCUCAGCAAAAUGGUCAGCCAGCGAAUGUACCACCUCCAAACGCCGGUCAGUUUCUACUAAGCUACCAGCAUUCGUCAUUUUUCGAGCAGCAUCUUACUGCGUUUGAAAUAUGGCUUCAGUAUGGCUCAAGUACCAAAGAGCCUCCAGAGCAGCUCCCUGUCGUUUUACAAGUUCUGCUUUCGCAGGCUCAUAGACUCAGGGCCCUGGUAUUGUUGUCCAGGUUCUUGGAUCUCGGACCGUGGGCAGUUUAUCUUGCACUUUCCAUUGGAAUUUUCCCAUACAUUCUGAAAUUGCUACAGAGUCCUGCUCCUGAGCUGAGGCCUGUUUUGACCUUCAUCUGGGCACGAAUCAUGUCUAUCGACUACAAAAAUACACAGCAAGAACUUUGCAAGGACAAAGGCUAUAUGUACUUUGUAUCCAUCUUAUCGACACAAAACAAAGCCGCAGAUCAUCUGGCGCAGUCCACGGAUCUGAACUUUGAGGAGCGCAAGGCCAUGAGUGCUUUCAUAUUAUCCCUCUUUGUCAAAGAUUUCAAGACGGGCCAAAAAUUAUGUUUCUCACCUGAGUUGAUCAGUACCUGCUUGCAGUACAUGGAGAACUCGGACCAUCCACUUCUCAGACAAUGGUGCGCUUUGCUUGUCGCACAGUUGUGGGAUAUGUAUCCGGAUGCCAGAUGGAUAUCGUAUAAGGACGGAUAUCUUGAUCGGCUGAUAGCCAUUCUCAACGAUCCAAUUCCGGAGGUGAGGGCGUCAAUCAUACUUGCGCUCACCAACUUUUUGCCUGCCAAUGAUGCUGAGGAAAAGGAGGCCAGUAUUCAUACAGGCCACGAGGAACUGGGGCAGCAGGAGAUCAAGCUUGCCAUAGAAAUGUUGAACCUGAUCUCGGAUGGGUCUCCUCUGAUCAGACGUGAAGUAUCUGUGUUUUUCAGCAAGUUUGUGCUCAAGUACCUGCAAUUUUUUAUAGUGAGUGCUUUCGGGCAACUGGAGGAAGAAAUCACUCUGAUCGACAACCCCAAUCUCAUCGAUGAGGUGAGAAGGCAAUCACCUGCCUACGGAACGAUUUUCAGCUCCACUUGGAAAGUUUUGCUGAUCUUGAGUGAAGAUCCUCAUAACGAGGUCAAGGAUUAUGCUGAGCAGGUUGUUGACUUUGUGUUGAUCAAGUUGAACGAGAGCCCAUUGCAUGGUAUAGUGAAGGACAUGGAGCAGUAUUUGCUGCAGAAGCAUGCCAGUAACAUUAAUGAGGGUAACGGCAUUCCUCGGAAAAACACAGAACUGGGUGCCAGAAGAACGCAGUCUCUUAUGAUGAGCAAACCCAAUGACAGUGCCACGAAUAUGCACGCUGACAGAAGAGUGACAUCAACAGCAUCUACAGCCUCUACUAGCUCUAUUUCGUCAAUUACAGAGCGUCUGAGAAGCUCUGUCACUCUCAAUGCAGUUUUCAGAAGCCUCGGGCUGUCCAGUGAAGAAGGAUCGCAGAGUACAACAACCCUUCGUGAUCUGUUGCCGCAAUCAAUUCAGCCAAUGGUGGGGUACAAUACUGCACCCAGACCUACAACGCCGCGGUUCAAACCACAUAAGAAAAAUGUCAGGGGAAUAUCUUUGCCUUUGCAGAGCAAGUUCUUCGAGUACAGCUGUGAGUACUUUCAAGAGCCCCAGAUUGGAAACGCAGACGUUGAUGAGCCCGGAAGCGAGGAAUACACCAGACGGUUGUGGAGGCGCAAUCGUAAUGAGAACAUUAUUGCGAUGACCCAGGUACAAAAGGAGCUUGCAGUUACGGGGAAUUGGACAAAUAAUAUUGCCACGCUUGAUAACAAAACGCAGCCAAGAAUCCUCAAAUUCACUCAGUUCGAGAACUACGUCGUUGCGACUGAUGAAAGAGACAAUAUCACCUGUUGGGAUUGGGAAAAACAAGUACAAAUGUCGAGGUUCUCGAAUGGCAAUCCGUUUGGUACCAAGAUCACUGAUGUGAAAUUGUUGAACGAAGACGAUAUUCCGCUACUGCUGACUGGUUCCUCGGAUGGUGUAGUGAAGAUCUACAAAAACUUUCACUCCUUGGAGAACUUCCAGUUGAUCACCGCUUGGAGGGCGCUGACGGACAUCCUCCUGACCUCUAGAUCAAUGGGUUUGAUCUCGGAGUGGCAGCAGUCAAGAGGAUGUCUUCUGGUGAGUGGUGAUGUUAAGAUUAUCAGGGUUUGGGAUGCACCAAGGGAAAGAUGUGUGGUGGACAUUCCUGCCCGUUCUACCAGUUCUAUUACGUCUCUGACAUCAGAUCAAGUGGCUGGAAGUAUCUUUGUGGGAGGAUUCGGUGAUGGGUCUCUCAGGGUAUAUGACCGUCGUUUGGAUUCCAGAGAUUCUAUGGUUCGAAUGUGGAAGGCCAGACCGCGCUCUGGAAUGAUAACUAACGUGCACAUGCAACGUGGUGGUUACAGAGAGCUGGUUAGUGGCACCAGUGAUGGACAGGUGAACUUGUGGGAUAUCAGACUUGCCGAGCCCGUGGUCAGUUUCAAGGCGUUUGAGAGAUCAAUGACAUCAGCAAUGAUCCACGAGCAUGCACCGGUGAUUGCUUGCGGCUCAAGAGAGGUCAGCAUGUACAACACUGCUGGAAAUUGUUUAUCUGUGGUCAAGAACCCACACGCCUACCUUCCCACAAGAACCUCCAGCUAUCUGUCCAGUCUGACGCUACAUCCUCACAGAAUGAUGAUGGCCACCAACUAUAACCAGGACUCGCAUAUUAACGUUUACCAAUGCGAUGUCGUCGAGGAAUAUUUAUAA